AAAGAAUAAAAAAUAAAUUGUAGAUGAUAAUAAUAUGAUAUUGACGAAAUGACGUUGGUUUUUCCUCAAGUUAAUAAAUAAUAAUACCAACACCGUAAUUGCAUAUUUACUAUUUAGUUAUUAUAUUGUUUUAAUCUACGAAAUUUCUAAAGAUCUUUUUGUAGUAUUAUUGUUACUUUAUGAUGCUGUAUGGUUAUUUACACUGCUAUUUGAAAGUUAUUAUAAAUUAAGUUUCUUAAAACUUCACAAUUGUACAUUUAUAAACAGAGACGAAAAAUUUCAAAAUUGAUAUCAUGGAAAAUAGUUUAUUGGAAGCAAUUAAGUCUGGCAAUAUGGGAUGCCAUUCAGAAUUGACCAUCAUACCUAUAUCACAAAGUUCAAAAUCCAACAGCCAGUAUGCAGUUUCAUCUACUUCCCCACAAAGUACAGUAUCAUUAUCGUUAGUACCAAAUACUAGCAGUGGAAAAUCAAAAAAUAAACACUCAUUGCCGUCAAAUGCACAAGGAGGUGCACCCCGCAAACGUGGAAAAUCCAGUAUGCCUCAAUUAAACCACAUGGUAAAUGAUAUGAACAGUUACAAUCCACUCUUGGACCUGACAAUGAAUCGCAAACAUCAUAACUAUCCUAAUUAUAGUGCUCAAUAUGAACAACAAUGGCCAUUUAAUUUGCCGUUUAACUAUCCUGAAUUGUUAAUGAAUUUUGGUCAAGUAAAUAAAAGAAAAGCAUAUUCAUACGAACAACCUAAAGAAAAGACUGCAGUGAAUUACAACAAAGAAAAUACACAAAAUAAAACUAAACAUUAUAAACACGAACAUAUGCCGCCACCUUCUACUACUGCAGACCGAAUAUCUGGUCAAUUAGAAAAUGUUGAAAAAACAUUUGAUAUUGAUUCUUUGAGUAGUGAAGAUGGCUGGGCUAAAUAUAGAGAAUUGUUGACGGUUAUUGAAGAAAUGUCUGGGUCGAUCCGACCAAUUUAUACAGGUUGUAAGAACUCUACUGAAAGGUUGAAAAAGUCAAUUCAUAAAGCUAAAGCUUUAGUAAGCGAAUGUUUAAAAGAAGUUGAAAAAGUAUCUAGACAACUUUAAGGAUCAUAUAUUAUUUUAUAGAAAAAUACCUACCAUAAUUAAUAAUCAAUUGGUUAAACAAUUUUUGGUUUUUACUUUUUAUCUGAAGACAGUAGAAAUUAAUUUAAUUAUUUACAAACUCACUAUAAUAGAUCAAAACAAUUAUGCAUAACUCUUAUUUAUUUUUAGUAUAAUUGGUUUUAGCUAACAAUAUAUAAAUAAUUUAAAUAUUUAUAUAAGAAAAAUUGUUUUUACUUUAGGGAAUACAUUUUUUAUUUUUCAAACUAUAAUUAAUUAUUUUCUAUUUAAUGUAUAUAGAACAAUUUAAAUAGCAACAUUUUCACAAAAAUUGGAAUUUGUAUACUUGCACCUAAAAAAUAUAUUUAAAACAAUUUUAUUAAACAAGAUCUUAUUAAUUUAAUGACUGACAGUAGUAAAAUAAAGGGUAGUAUUACUAGUAUUUUUUUCAUAAAAAAAAAUAAUGUUUUUUAAAUAUUAUAAUGGUAACAAAGUGAUAACGGUAUUUUCUGAGGCCUUUAAAUUUAAAAUUGCAUUUUUAUUCUACCAGGGUAUAUGUUCAAUUUUCAUUAUUUUUGUUAGACUAUAUAUGUUUAAGAAUCAAAUGUUAUACAAAUAUUUUUUAAGAUUUUAGUUACUACAUUGAUUUGUAUUAUUUUUUUUAAACUUUUAUGCAUAUUAUACAAAAUAUUCUAUUUAACUGUACAAAGUUCAUACUAAACGGGUAUUAUAUUAAUUAUUUGUAAUAAUCAUGCACUAUUUUAAAUUAUAGUUUUAGAUACACAAACUGUAUUUUUAUUAUUUUUUGAUUUAAUUGAGGGUAGGUUAAAACUUAUUACAUUAGCUAAAGCUAACAGGAUGAGUCAUAGAUUAUUUCAUUUUUAAUCAAUUAAAUAAAAUGAUAUAAUAUUUUUACAUUUGUAUAAUUUGGUAUAAUUAUAUUAUAUAAACCUUACAUUUUAAAAACUUUUACUUGUGUACAAUUUAUAACUUACAAAUUACAAUAUGAUAUAAUAUUAUAUAGUUUAAUACUUCAAUAAAUUUAAAAUGUAAUUUUUGAGUAUGGUAAAUGUCUGUCUUAGCAUAAUAAGAUUGUGUUUAAAAUAGUAUUUAUAGUUUAUUUAGAUACUGUAUAUUACAGGGUUUACCAUGCUUUAAAUUUUAAUAAUAUGUCUAAAGACAAUAUUGAAUUAAAACAUAAUCAAUUAAUUUUAUAAAUGUACUAUAAUUUGUUGUUUGUUUUAUAAGAAAUUUUAGUAAAUACUAUUUAUAAUCACUUGUUCCAUGUAGAACCAAAAAAGAGUAACUAAUGUACAAAAUUAAUUUUGUAUUUUUCAGUAUUAAUUGAUUAUAUUAUAUGACAUACAAUUAUUUUAUUGAUACCCAAUAUGUUUUUACACAAUUAAUUACAGGUAUUAAUAAAUAAAGAAAUUAUUUUCACUAUAUUUAAUUUGUUAAUUACUUAAUCUUAAUAUGUUAAUAUAUGAACAUGGUUUAAAAUUCUAAGUUUACCCAGAAAACUAUAUGUCUAUAUUGAUUAUUAAUUAUAGUAUUAUUUUUUUCUCAUUGUGAUAUUUUCUGUAAUUAUUUAUUCCUUUGGAGGGUAUAAAUCCAUCUUGCUCAUAUGCCUAAUCAAUGAAUCAGUUUCAUGUUUAUGCAGAAAAUAAAAACAAGAAACUAUUAAAUAACUUAUUGUAAUUAUAAUUAAAAAAUUAUCAUAACGGUCAAUAUAAUAUAUCUGAGGACUUUGAACUUUGAAUAAUAUAUUUUUUUAAACUACGACGUUGAGUAAUUGUGUAAGUUAGGUA